CCGGCGCGCCGCGGAGACGCCUGGGCGCAAAGGGACGGUUAUGAGAGGAGGUGGCCGCGCCUUCUCCAUGGCCGACGCUCGUGUCCCGCUGUGGGCAGUCUGUGUGCUGCGGGUGGCGCUGGCCACAGUCUACUUCCAGGAGGACUUUCUAGAUGGAGAGCGCUGGAGGAACCGAUGGGUGCAGUCCACCAAUGACUCCCAAUUUGGGUAUUUUAGACUCUCGUCCGGGAAAUUUUAUGGUCAUAAAGAGAAAGACAAAGGUCUGCAGACCACUCAAAAUAGCCGAUUCUACGCCAUCUCUGCACGGUUCAAACCAUUUAGCAAUAAAGGGAAGACUCUGAUCAUUCAGUACACCGUGAAACAUGAACAGAAGAUGGACUGUGGAGGGGGCUACAUUAAGCUCUUCCCUGCAGACGUGGAUCAGAAGAACCUGAAUGGAAAAUCCCAGUACUAUAUUAUGUUUGGACCCGAUAUUUGUGGAUUUGAUGUCAAGAAAGUUCAUGUUAUUUUACAUUUCAAGAAUCAGUAUCACUCAAACAAGAAAUCAAUCAGGUGUAAGGUUGAUGGCUUCACACACCUCUACACUCUGAUUUUAAGACCAGACCUCACUUACGAAGUGAAAAUUGAUGGUCAGUCGAUUGAAUCCGGCAGCAUAGAGUAUGACUGGCAGCUCACAUCACUGAAGAAAAUGGAGAAGGCUUCAGCAGAGUCUAAGGACUGGGACCAGGCUACAGAGGGCAAAUCCCAGGACUGGGAGAAGCACCUUCUGGAUGCCAGGGCCAGCAAGCCGAGUGACUGGAACAGCGAACUGGAUGGGGACUGGCAGGCACCGAUGCUGCAGAAGCCUCCAUACCAAGAUGGCCUGAAACCAGAGGGCAUAGACAAAGAUGUUUGGCUCCAUCAGAAGAUGAAAAACACCAAUUAUUUGACGGAAUAUGACCUCUCAGAAUUUGAGAACAUUGGUGCCAUUGGACUGGAGCUUUGGCAGGUGAGAUCCGGAACCAUCUUCGAUAACUUCCUGAUCACAGAUGAUGAAGAGUACGCUGAGAAUUUUGGCAAGGCCACCUGGGGUGAAACCAAGGGCCCAGAAAGGGAGAUGGAUGCCAUACAGGCCAAGGAAGAAGAGAAGAAGGCCCGAGAGGAAGAUGAGGAUGAGCAGAUGAUGGGCAGGUUUGGUGGGAGAGAAAAUAUCUUCAAAGGAUUCCACAAGAGGAAUGAACUUUAA